AUGCAUAUCUCACUUUGGAAGCCACUUUGCCACUGUGCUUCUGCUGCUCUAACUCUCGACAAGAAAAGCAGCAGAGAUGUUUCCGAGUCCACUAAAGCUCGAAAACUCCAUGAAUCCAAACUCAGAGAAGCUCUCGAAGAAGCAUCAGAAGAUGGCUUACUCAUCAAAUCUCAAGACAUUGAAGAAGAAGAAGACCAACCUCAAGAUCAAACCCUUGGACGGUCAAGAUCACUCGCUAGACUCAACGCUCAACGUGACUUCUUGCGUGCCACUUCCAUCGCAGCUCAAAGAGCAUUUGAGUCACAAGAAGCGUUACCUAACCUCCAAGAAGCCUUAACCAUGUUUCUUACAAUGUAUCCAAAGUACCAAUCUUCAGAGAAAGUGGACCAGUUGAGAAUCGAUGAGUACUUCCACUUAUCAUUACCAAAGGUAUGUCUUGACUACUGUGGAUUCGGGCUUUUCUCGUAUCUUCAGACGGUUCAUUACUGGGACACUUGCACUUUUAGUUUGUCGGAGAUUAGUGCUAAUCUAAGCAACCAUGCUUUAUACGGUGGUGCUGAGAGAGGUUCCAUUGAGCAUGAUAUCAAGAUUAGGAUUAUGGAUUACUUGAACAUCCCUGAGAAUGAGUAUGGUCUUGUGUUUACUGUUAGUAGAGGCUCUGCUUUCAAGUUGCUUGCUGAGUCUUAUCCCUUUCAGACCAACAAGAAGCUUUUGACUAUGUUUGAUCACGAGAGCCAGUCUGUUAGUUGGAUGGGUCAGUGUGCUAAGGAGAAAGGCGCAAAGGUUGGUAGCGCUUGGUUUAAAUGGCCAACACUUAGGCUAUGUUCUAUGGAUCUCAAGAAGGAGAUUUUAAGCAAGAAGAAGAGUAAGAAGAAGGAUGCAGCUACCGGUUUGUUUGUGUUUCCUGUUCAGUCAAGGGUCACAGGGUCUAAGUACUCUUACCAGUGGAUGGCGUUGGCGCAGCAAAACAAUUGGCAUGUCUUGCUUGAUGCUGGUGCUUUAGGUCCUAAGGACAUGGACUCUCUCGGCUUGUCUUUGUUCCGUCCUGACUUUAUCAUCACUUCGUUUUACCGUGUGUUUGGGUAUGAUCCUACUGGGUUUGGUUGUUUGUUGAUUAAGAAGUCUGUGAUUAGCUGCUUGCAGAGUCAAUCCGGGAAGACAUGUUCAGGAAUUGUGAAGAUAACACCUGAGUAUCCUCUAUAUCUAAGUGACUCCAUGGAUGGGUUGGAAGGUUUGAGCGGGGUUGAACAUAAUGAUAUAGCCAUUAACGGUGAUAAUAAAGCCAUGGGAACUCAGUUACCUGCAUUCUCUGGUGUUUAUACUUCUGCUCAAGUGCAGGAUGCAUUUGACACAGAGAUGGUUCAUGAAGUUGGUUCAGAUAAAGAUGCAACAAGCUGCACUGUGUUUGAGGAAGCUGAGAGUAUCUCAGUGGGUGAAUUAAUAAAGAGUCCUGUUUUCAGUGAAGAUGAGUCAUCAGAUAGCCAGCUCUGGAUCGAUUUGGGUCAGAGCCCUGCUGAUUCUGAUAACAAGCAAAAGAGCCCUUUGCUAGUUCCACAAAACCACAAACGAAGGAUCUCGCCUAGACCAGCUUUAAAGACUAAUAAUGGUAGUAACGGUGGGAGUCAUGUUCUCUCGUUUGAUGCUGCUGUUUUGUCAGUAUCACAAGAAGUGGCUGAAGUAGGCACUAGUCAUGGUUGGCGAGUUAAUGAGAUUGGAGAAGAAGAUGAAGGGAGCAGCAGUAAGAUGAUAUCUGAAGGAAAUGGAAAUGGUUCAACCUCUGAAAUCAAAGAGAGUGCGAUAAGAAGAGAAACCGAAGGCGAAUUUAGGCUGCUAGGGAGAAGGGAGAAGAGUCAGUACAAUGGUGGGAGACUUGUUGUGAAUGAAGAUGAACAUCCUAGUAAACGAAGAGUAUCUUUUAGAUCAGUAGAUCAUGGAGGAGAAGCAUCAGUGAUCAAUUUUGACGAUGAAGAAGAAGAAGAUGGAAGCAAUGAAGUAGAAUGGGAUGAUGAUGAUCAGAGAGAACCAGAGAUUGUUUGCCGUCACAUUGAUCAUGUGAACAUGUUAGGUCUCAACAAGACCACCUCGAGACUACGCUACCUCAUUAACUGGCUUGUGACUUCUCUGCUCCAGUUAAGGCUGCCUAGAUCAGACCCUGGUGGAGAGUACAAGAAUCUUGUCCAAAUCUAUGGUCCAAAGAUCAAAUACGAGAGAGGAUCUUCCGUUGCGUUUAAUGUAAGGGAUUUGAAGAGUGGAAUGGUUCAUCCUGAGAUAGUGCAGAAACUAGCUGAAAGAGAAGGUAUAUCUCUAGGCAUUGGUUAUCUCAGUCACAUAAAGAUCAUCGAUAAUAGAAGCGAAGAUUCAGCAAGUUCUUGGAAACCAGAUGGAAGAAACAACAACGGGUUCAUAAGAGUUGAGGUUGUCACAGCUUCCCUUGGGUUCUUGACAAACUUUGAGGAUGUUUACAGAUUAUGGAGUUUUGUGGCAAAGUUCUUGAGUCCAGGUUUUGCUAAACAGGGGACACUCCCAACAGUUAUUGAAGAAGAUGAUUUUUCAGACACUUGAAAGAAACAUGAGCAAUGGAUUACUUCUUUUUGUUUUUUUUGGUACACUUCCUUUGUUGUACUCAGUGGCGGAGCCAGCCACAAAAUUUAAGGGGGCCAAUAUUAGCAAAUCUAUUGAUCAGGUUAAUUUUAAGUAAAUAUUACAGGGGUCAAUGUACUGAUUUUAUAACAUUUCUCUAGCUUUCUAAGUAAAA